GAUCAAACAUCAUAAACAAAUCGUUAUUUUAUUUCUUUUGGUUAUGUGCUUUCACUAUGUAACUGUAAACUCAUACCCCAUACGUUUUGACUGACUGAACAUGAUUUGACAUUAUCGGAAAAUAUUGUGUUUAAAAUGGGCAUUAUCUCAGUUGAAAAUUUGAACUCAGUUGCCACCAAUCUGAAAAAAGACGUUACCAAGACGAAUAAAAAAAGCUCACAUUUGUACCAUCAAGAGAAGCAUUUGAAAACCAUUCCCAAAUCAACCUUGUCGAAAGAAACCCUGGUAAUCUACUUGUACGGAAACAACUUAACUAGUAUAGAGAACUUGAAUGGAUAUCCAAAUUUAACAAGCCUUUAUCUGCAGAACAACAAUAUCACUGAGAUAAGAAACUUACAAUAUCUCAAGAAACUGAAAAAACUCUACAUAGGUCAUAAUAAUAUCAGUGUUCUAGAAGGGUUGAAUAAUCUCGUGUCUUUGGAGGAAUUACAUAUUGAGAAACAGGCUCUACCAAAUGGAAGUUGUUUAUGUUUUGAUCCCCGGACAAUUUUUGCUAUUUCACCAACUCUUCAAAUCCUGAAUGUAUCAGGAAAUAAUAUUCCUUCUUUGUCAUCCCUGGCUCCUUUGAGGAAUUUGAGAGUGAUUGAUGCAUCCGACAAUGAUCUUGAUGACAUAAAAGACAUUUGCCAGAGUAUUCGCAAUUGGUACUACCUAACAGAAGCUAAUUUCACCGGAAAUUCUGUGGGAAAGAAGCACCGUUACAGAGAAACUAUUAUUGGAAACACCAACCUUCUAA